CGUCCUGCCGCAGCCAUGGAGGCCAUCAGGAAGAAGAUGCAGAUGCUGAAGCUGGACCGGGAGGACGCCAUGGACCGUGCCCAGCAGGCCGAGGCCGACAGGAAGGCAGCAGAGGACAAGUGCCGGCAGGCGGAGGAGGAGCUGGCGCACCUGCAGAAGAAGCUCAGGGGGACGGAGGACGCAUUGGACAAGUACUCGGAGGACCUGAAGGAGGCGCAGGAGAAGUUGGAACUGGCGGAGAAGAAGGAGUCGGACGCUGAAGGAGAUGUGGCGGCUCUCAAUCGACGCAUCCAGCUUGUGGAGGAGGAGUUGGACCGGGCUCAGGAACGACUGGCCACUGCCCUGCAAAAACUGGAGGAGGCAGAAAAGGCUGCAGAUGAGAGCGAGAGAGGAAUGAAAGUGAUAGAAAACCGGGCCAUGAAAGAUGAGGAGAAGAUGGAGAUCCAAGAGCUGCAGCUCAAAGAGGCUAAGCACAUUGCCGAGGAGGCCGACCGCAAAUACGAGGAGGUAGCUCGUAAGUUGGUCGUCCUGGAGGGCGAGCUGGAGAGGGCAGAGGAACGUGCGGAGGUGUCUGAACUAAAAUGUGGUGACCUGGAAGAAGAACUCAAGAAUGUCACUAACAACCUGAAAUCGCUAGAGGCUGCAUCCGAAAAGUAUUCUGAAAAGGAGGAUAAAUACGAAGAAGAAAUUAAGCUUCUGUCUGACAAACUGAAGGAGGCUGAGACCCGUGCUGAAUUUGCAGAGAGAACAGUUGCAAAACUGGAAAAGACCAUCGAUGAUCUGGAAGAUGCCCUACGAGCUCGGCAGCUCAAGUACAAAGUUAUGAGCAAGGAGCUGGACCAUGCUGUGACCUCUCUCUGAGAGGCAGCUGGGGUGCCGCCCUAGGUGCUACCAGUAGUGAAGUCCACCUCAUCGUGGUGCCUGCACUGCUGGGGCUUCUGGGAACCCUGGUCCCCGGCCUUGUGGUUUGACCUUUCAAGCCUUCUGAAGUGUCCGUGAGUGACUCUGUGACUGAAAUAAAGACAGGCAGCCCUCAUCUUCAUACCCUGUCUCAUUUUUGUUUUCUCUGUGUGCUGCCUUUGAGCCACGGCUAGAACCCAAAGUGGGUCCCUCACAUGAGCUCAUUACAAAAAGAAAAAUGAUGCCCACUUGAUUCUUUUCUGAAGAUGUGAAGACAAAGCCAAUUUGGCGUGAGCUCCCGAAUGUGGCAUUAGCUAACUGCUUCUGCAUGCCAAUAGUUUUUCCUUUAAUAGACAUUGUUUUGAGUGGAGACUCAUCCCUCCAGACCUCUUAGGCAGCUUAAUAAACUUAGCAGAAUUUAUAGAAAGCAACGGGCCUGUCUCUCAAACGAGGCUACCCUUGCAGGUUCAAGCUAUGAAUUCAAAUACCGGCAAUGGUGUUUUCCUUUCUCGUCUGUCCUCUCUGUAUGCUCUGAGGAUGGUGGCUGGGGCGCCUCACAUCUCCACCGUUCAUGGGACAGUGGGGACUUCGGCUCCCGGUCCAGGGAGGAGGUUCACCAGCGAAAUUUAUCGCAAUUCACCCUUCCCAUAGAAAACUGUACAGGGAAUUCAGGAACAUCCCAUAGCAGGGAAGGGGAGUUAAAACUGCUGCGAUGUCAAAGAAGUGAGGUGAUUUUUCUUCCUGAAGUCCACAUAAGAUGGCAGGAGACACUAAUAUCGAUCUCUCUUCACAUUCACCAAGAAUCUCUCUUUGGUUUAGUAAGAAUGCAUAAAGCAGGGACCGGGGAUUUGGCUCAGUGGUGCCUGCCUCGCAAGCACAAGGGCCUGAAUUCAAUCCCCAGUACCAAAAAAAAAACAAAAAAAACCAAAAAUCAAUGCAUAAAAUUCCCUGGUGGUAAAGUUCAUUGUUUUUGUUUUUGAGUCAGGGUCUCAUAUGUACUUUAGGGUGUCCUUGAACGUACUUAACUAUGUUCCCUAGGAAGGCCUCAAACUCAUGGCGACCCUUCUGGCCUCGGCCUCCCAAAUACAGGGAUUACAGGCAUGCAGCACCAUGCAUAGCACCUUAUUUUUCAUCAUUCCAUAGUGUUUUUUGUUUUUUAAUUCAAACACGAACCUCUGUCCCAGUUUUUUAUUCAUUCCUCCAAAAUACAUUUCCCCAGGGCCGGGGAUUUAGCUCAACGGUGCUGCCACCUGCCUUGCCAGCGCAAGGUCCUGAGUUCGGUCCCCAGUACCAGAAAAAAAAAAUUCAUUUCCCCUAAACUACCCGCAUCUUUCCAUCCCAACCUCUCUGUUGCUACCAUCUGCUCUAAACUGUUGCAUAAACCAUUGCCCACAUAGCCUCAUAUGUGCCCUUGUAGUGAUUGCAGACUAUAUAGGGGGUGGUUUCUGUUUGUUCUAUUUGUUCCUGGGAUUUCUCCAGACAUCUGUGGCCUCCACCCUUUGAAAUAACUAUCCAGCCAUUCUACCUAGGCACCAAAAUGGAACUUCAUUUACAGAGAUUAGUUAGGUCAGUUAACACUUUAAGGGAAUAUUCCUUCAUCUCAGAUGCAUUAACAAAAUAGAUGCCAGAAAAUCCAGAUGACAAGGUGAAGUGAGUUUAGGAUUUGUAGUGAGAGACCUGUGUUGGAAUCCUAGCUCUGCCACUUUGGCUUGAACAAGCCAGUUAGCUUUUCUGAAAAAUAAAGGUGUGAUCCUCAGAAAUUGUGAGGAUUUGAUCAUGAGGUGACACAGAACCCAGCACACACACAGCAUUCCUGAACAGCUCUUCAUCCAGACUGCCUAGGUCCAGGUCACUUGGCAUUUUUUUUGUCUUUGGAGAUAGGGUCUCACUAUGUAGUUCAGGCUGGCUUUGAACUCACUG